UUCUCCAUUCAUCAUCAUCACCAGACGUCUGGAUCCACAGUGACUGCCACACAGUGAACUGUGAGAACCUGGAUUCGAGUCCUACAUUUGGGUCUCUCGCUCCGUGUUUCAGUGUCUCGCUCUCUCUCCCUCUCUCUCGGUGAAUAUCAAGAUGCAUCACGUUACACUUUGUGGCCUCCUGUUGGUCACUUCCUGGCCCUGCGUUUUUGCUACGAUUGUGAAUAAGGUGGUGUACAAGUUCAGCACGGAAUAUGAAGCGAUUUGGAACGACAGGGGAAGUGGUUCUGCAGUGGACGUGUCGAUUUGGAGACCAUCCAGCCUGGAGUCCGGCUUCUAUCCGCUGGGAGAUGUCGUGGUCGCUCUGCACGAGCAACCGAAGUCCGCGAGUAUUCUAGUGAGGGACUUUGGAAACUCGCUGGUACGAGCUCCCAUCAGCGUCACUGAGGUGUGGAAUGACAGAGGCAGUGGAGCUGACCGUGAUGUCACAGUGUACCAGCUCAACCCGUCGAACGGCUUCACGUGCCUGGGCCACGUGGCCGUGGCGAGCUACAGCCAGACACCCAGCCUCAACGCAUACAGGUGCGUCAAUUCGAGCCACGUGACCCAGGGACGCCUCAGCUUCGUGUGGAACGACAGAGGCUCGGGGGCGAAGCACGACGUCAGCUUCUGGAGUGUGGAGAACGAUCCGAUGUUGACUGGCAUCACGGCGGGGACCUUCAUGUCCCACGCGAGCCACAGCGACCUGCGCAUCGUGCCCGCCGUGCUGGACGCGAACAAAGCCAUUCUCUCCGCGUUCCUGCCGACCUCGUCAGAGGUGGCGCUCGUCCUGUACAACACGGACAAAAUGACGGAGAUAUGGAAUGAUAAAGGCAGCGGAGGGAAGUACGACGUUUCAAUCUGGAAGGCGGAAGGCUGCUGCUCUCUGGGCGACAUUGCCAUGCCCAACUAUAACCGGCCUAAAGGUAUCCUCUUGAGAGAGACCAUCACCGGAACACUGAGAAAGCCGCUGUCCUUUGAGCGCAUCUGGACUGACCGGGGCUCAGGAGCGGACCGGGAUGUCUCCAUCUGGAAGCCGAUCUGCCCACCAUCGUACCACGCUCUCGGCUUCGUCGCCGAAGGGAGCUACGGCCGCGUCCCCUCGGUGGACACAGUGCGCUGCGUGAACACCUCACACGUCGUGCGGGGUGACUGGCAGUGGGUCUACGACGACACCAAGACGGGAUCGGCGCAGGACGUCACGAUAUGGAAAGCCGUCGGCAGCGGUCAGACGGCCAACACCUUCAAGGCUGUGACGCGGCACGGCGCAAUGGACACGCCGUCAUUCAUCCUCAACCCGCGGUUCGUGUCGGUGCAGACUGGAGCUCCCGUGGCCAGGGUACGGCUCGUGAACUUCAUUUAUGACUUCGAAUCGCAGGUGGUAAGCAAUGUCGAUCCACUGGAGCUCACGACACGCACCAUCGCCGAGAAUUGUCGUGCUCCCCCGGGCAGUCCUCCGCUCAACGUGAAACGGAAGAUCGACGUGACGGUCACGAUGACUUCAUCUUGGAGUGUGUCAACAUCGCUGGCGGUUGGCGUGGAGGUGACCUUUGAGGCGGGCAUCCCGCUUAUCGCUAAGAACCAGGUGAAGGUGGCCACAACCUUAACGAGGCAAUGGGAGAAGACCAUCACCGAAUCCAAGUCGGUGACAGAUUCGUUGGAGGCAACAAUCGACGUCCAAGCCGGGAAAUCAGUGUCGUACGUGGUGACCGGCCGGCGCUACAUUGGAAGCAUCCCCUGGAAGGCCACAAUGACGACGACGUUCGAGGACGGGAGUUCAAACACCGACCAAGUGGGAGGCGUGUUCGAGGGCAUGCAGGUGUCUGAGAUCCGCGUCUCAGCUGACGCACCACUGCCUUGCGGUUAAACUUCCCGUGAUGCUUGGCUUCAGGCCUUGUCCCUUGUACGGCGAGACCUCAGCUAAUGUGCUAGGGGAGCAGCAGCAGUAGAAAAGUAUCCAUUGGUUAGGCGAAAACUAUUUCUGCCUCUAACUAUAUUAUAAUAAAAAUAACUGUAUGUUGGUGUGUUAAACUUAUUUGGCACAAUACAGAGCUAACUGUGUUAAUAGGAGGUGCAGUGAAAUGACAACAAACUUAACACAAAAAGCAGUUCUAAAGAAAUGAGCUUGUUCUGUCUCUCUCUCUGUCUGUUUUGCAACCGGCACAUACAGGAAAAAGACAAAAACAGUUUGGCCCAGGUGGGUAGCAGUGGAGAUUUUCUGCGUUGGAUUUUUCACGAGGUGUUUGUUUGUUUGUGAGUUCUUAUCUGACGGGCACUAUUUUACUUCACCGGGUGUUAAUAUCCCCAGCGUUUAACAGUACUCUCUUUAUUGUCAGCCAACACUGGUAUAAACAUGAGCAUUUUCGUUUAUUUUCUAUCAUGUGCAUCCACAGUGACUUGCGCACAAACACGUCCAAGUCGAGGACGAGUAACCCGUGCCCUGUUUUAGCCCCCCCCCUCCCGAUACGUUCCAUUCAUUGGCUACCACAUUCUGAUAAGCUCCUCUCCUCCUCUCCUCCCCCCUUUACUUGUAUUUAAGAGCUUGCAUCUUGUAUCGCUGCCUCACUUGAUGCAGCAAAUCUGGCUGUGACGGUCCCACCUGAUGACGGAGACUUGUGUUGCCUCCGAAACGUCGUGAUCUUAUUGUUAAAUUUUUUAUUAAUUUCAUUUUUUACCUACGUGACUUUACCGAAAGAACUAAGAGUAUAGUUCUUUUGAACGCCAUUCAGCUCUCUAAGCUUCCUCACGAGAAGAGGUUGCGCUCGCAUUGUUGAAGGUUAAUCGUACGGCUCCAGAAGAGCCUUGUUGUCCUUCUGCACCUCCGUAUAGCACGGUCGGCUACGUACGGUGCCAAAAAUGUUCAACACAUACAGACGGUGUGACAGCAUAGGCAGCAAGGGUGUUGCGGUCAACUGGGGGUAUUAUUAUUAUGAUAUAUCCGGUCAUCCUUGCAGCCGCAGCUUUUGACUAGCCAUCGAACAAAAAGAUGGUCACGACAUUGCACGCUUUCAGAUGUGCUUAUGUGGCCUUCUAGAACGCUCUCCUUCUGAUAUUACGAAGCCCAAUAGAGCUCUGCGCUUUGAAAAUGCAUUUCUUUAGAACUGCUUUGUGUGUUUCGUUUCUUGUCCUUCCUCCGUACCUACGAUUAGUUGGCUAUGUAUGGUGUGAAAGAAGCUCAAUAUAGAUACAUACAUGAUGACAUCCUGGUGAGGCAAAGGGGAGAGGUUCAUUAGGCUCCGUGUACUCUAUCUAGAUUGUCGUCGACCACUCAAAAACCACGUUAUCACGGUGCACGCAUUUCCGCAUUGUAAUGGUGCAUGCGUUAUAACGGCAGGCACGUUCUGCAUUAUAACAAUGGUGCGUAAAAUAUUCCCGAAUGGAAGAACUGCAUUGUAGCAAAAACACGUGAUAGUGUGAUAACACUGCGCAUUAAUCGACGAUUCGCAGUAUACUGGCGCUGGGCGGUUGAUUGGCCACUUGGCAGUUCAUUACGUGACAUUGCACCAGGAGUAGUUCGAUUAUAAAUAAAUAAAUGUUUGGUAAAUUUGCGUAUACAUGACGGGAAUUCGAAUUUACAAUCGUAUUUACAAUCGUAUUUUCAAUCUGCAGCUGCCGGAAGAUCUUUCAUAGGAGGUUGUUUGACGUGUUAGUGGGGUGGUGGAGGAAUGGUUUCUAAAAAAAACACCAAGGUUGCUCACUUCCACAGUGUGGAAGAGAGGCUGCCACUACUCUUUUGGUAGCUGGACCAAUACCGCUUGGACCUCUGUGGAAUACAGGAGGUUUAGUGGACUGGUUUUGGUGAAUAUAGGGAGGCUUCCAUUCCUGUAUCAGAAGCUGUCCCGGUACUGCUGCGACCUCUGGGGCAUACGGGAUGUCUGGUGGACUGGUUCUGGCUCCAGUCACCAUGAGGAGUAAACUGUUCUCCACUCAGUAUAGGAAAGUGCCCGGUCAGCGCAUGGCACCUGGGUCUAUUCCAUGACCUUCUCCUGUCAGCAGUCACUUCACAUGGCUGCCUCGUAGUGCACCUAGCCUGGCACAAGUGCCGUGGUGACGAUACCACCAUUUAUUGGUGAGUAGCGGCAGUUGUUCGGGGAAGGCGCAGAGCUCUGGGUCGAUUAAAACGAUCACUCACCGCCAAUCUCAGCUACAGCCGGGAAGUGAUCUUGUGUCGUUGGGUUCAUAGUGCAAUGCGCUAACAAAUGGGCCACCGCUCCAACGUCCGCACUCCAUAAACAUACACCCCCUUGUGAGACUUUUGAAGCUGUGCACUGCGAAGUGCGCAUUUCAGUGAUUGUCACUUUUGAUUUAAUAAACGAUAAUGAAUGUAAUCGAAACAAAUCACGGCUGAAGUGGUUUCUCAAUUAUGUUCACGAAGUUCGAGCAUGACUGGCUACGUAUGGUGCGAUAUAAUUUCAACAUACAUACAACAAGGAGUCAAAGAGAAACAUACAGACUCCCCAUUGAGAAAACAAAGUCACGCAAAGUCACCCAAUUUUUCACAACGACACCUUUAUGACAAUUUUUGAGUACGACGUUUCGCUGGCGAAUUGCCCGAUGAUGCUGGAUGCAUCAUCAAUUGCUGGAUGCAAUUACUAGCGAAACGUCGUUCUCAAAAAUUGUAAAUGUUGUGGUUUCACUCUUCAACACACCGGUGGGCUAAAGUAGUCAACUAUUUGUCUUUUGUCAACGUGACACUUUAUUUACUGAUUGGCCGUGUCGGGUGGUAAAGGGUUACGACACAUUUAUAAAUAACGUGAUCUAACCCAAAAACGUUUGUUAUGAAUAAUAGUGGUCGCGAAAGCGACCAAUAUUAUUGUCAUCAUCUCAGCUGACAAGGGCAAUGUCACUGUCAUCAUGGAUAAUACCAUAUACAACAACUAAAUUCAGUACCUUCGUAUGGAUGGUAGCUAGUGAGGGAAAAAACGUAUUUGAUCCCCUGCUGAUUUUGUACGUUUGCCCACUGACAAAGAAAUGAUCAGUCUAUAAUUUUAAUGGUAGGUUUAUUUGAACAGGAAGAGACAGAAUAACAACAACAACAUCCCCCAAAACGCAUGUCAAAAAUGUUAUAAAUUGAUUUGCAUCUUAAUGAGGGAAAUAAAUAUUUGACCCCCUCUCAAUCAGAAAGAUUUCUGGCUCCCAGGUGUCUUUUAUACAGGUAACGGGCUGAGAUUAGGAGCGCACUCAGGGAAUGCUUCUAAUCUCAGCUUGUUACCUGUAUAAAAGACACCUGUUUACAGAAGCAAUCAAUCAGAUUCCAAACUCUCCACCAUGGCCAAGACCAAAGAGCUCUCCAAGGAUGUCAGGGACAAGAUUGUAGAUCUACACAAGGCUGGAAUGGGCUACAAGACCAUCGCCAAGCAGCUUGGUGAGAAGGUGACAAUAGUUGGUGCGAUUAUUCGCAAAUGGAAGAAACACAAAAAAACUGUCAAUCUCCCUUGGCCUGGGGCUCCAUGCAAGAUCUCACCUCGUGGAGUUGCAAUGAUCAUGAGAACGGUUAGAAAUCAGCCCAGAACUACACGGGAGGAUCUUGUCAAUAAUCUCAAGGCAGCUGGGACCAUAGUCACCAAGAAAACAGUUGGUAACACACUACGCAAUGAAGGACUGAAAUCCUGCAGUGCCCGCAAGGUCCCCCUGCUCAAGAAGGCACAUAUACAUGCCCGUCUGAAGUUUGCCAAUGAACAUCUGAAUGAUUCAGAGGACAACUGGGUGAAAGUGUUGUGGUCAGAUGAGACCAAAAUAGAGCUCUUUGGCAUCAACUCAACUCGCGUGUUUGGAGGAGGAGGAAUGCUGCCUAUGACCCCAAGAACACCAUCUCCACCAUCAAACAUGGAGGUGGAAACAUGCUUUGGGGGUGUUUUUCUGCUAAGGUGACAGGACAACUUCACCGCAUCAAAGGGACGAUGAACGGGGCGAUGUACCCUCAAAUCUUGGGUGAGAACCUCCUUCCCUCAGCCAGGGCAUUGAAAAUGGGUCGUGGAUGGGUAUUCCAGCAUGACAAUGACCCAAAACACACGGCCAAGGCAACAAAAGGAGUGGCUCAAGAAGAAGCACAUUAAGGUCCUGGAGUGGCUUAGCCAGUCUCCCGACCUUAAUUCCAUAGAAAAUCUGUGGAGGGAGCUGAAGGUUCGAGUUGCCAAACGUCAGCCUCGAAACCUUAAUGACUUGGAGAAGAUCUGCAAAGAGUAGUGGGACAAAAUCCCUCCUGAGAUGUGUGCAAACCUGGUGGCCAACGACAAUAAACGUCUGACCUCUGCGAUUGCCAACAAGGGGUUUGCCACCAAGUACUAAGUUAUGUUUUGCAGAGGGGUCAACUACUUAUUUCCCCCAUUAAAAUGCAAAUCAAUUUAUAACAUUUUUAACAUGCGUUUUUCUGGAUUUUGUUGUUGUUAUUCUGUCUCUUACUGUUCAAAUAAACCUACCAUUAAAAUGAUA